AUGAAGACCGCAAGUCGACUUCCAGAAUGUGCGUCUAUCCUGAUGGGUGCUCCGAUAAGCUGGAAAAGCAAGAAGCAAUCAAGUGUAUCGCUAUCGACAAGCGAAGCAGAGUACGUCGCGCUAAGUCUGGCAAUUAACGAAGGCAAGUGGGUGCAUCGCCUAUUAUGCGAGAUUCUGAAUGCCGCAGAGGACAAGCCCAGACCCGAGCUCAAGAUCAUGGAAGACAAUUAA